UCGAGGCGGCCGAUCAUUACAAGGUAUCCGGGUCGCCGGGAGUUUCGCUCCAAACAAAACGAAAUUUCGCGAUUUUUUGACUGAAAAAAAAAAUUAUUCGAUUUUUGUUUUUAAUUGGGAAAGACAUUUGCGGGUGGAAUUCAGUGGAGAGGUUUUUACUAGAAUAAACAUUGUAAAACUGAAAGAUGGAAAGCUAAGGAUUUGAAAGCCCCCGUAUCGAGAAGACGGCAGAGAUGAGCAGAAAAAUGACACUGUCAUUUCAUUCACCGGUGAUGGAGGAGCACGAAAGUAAACUGAUGACCGGCAAUCUCGAGGAGAGGAAGCUGGCUUUUAAGAGUGAUGAAGAACUCAUGAGAGAAACGACAAAGUUUGUUACAGAAGUGAUAGAGACGGCAGCAGUUGAAGCGAAUAGGAGAAAACUUCAGGGCCAGGAUGGCGCUAAUAGUGAAGGCAGUAGAUUGAAAGGUGGAGAUAUCAUCACUGGCUGGAACAACCGUGCCCGUGGCUUCUGCAACCGGAUACUGAACGCUCUCUGUCCGUGCUUCACCAAUACUGAGUUAUUCGCCUGGACGCCGUACCGGUAUCGCUUCACGAGACCUUAGCCCGAUGAGUAGUCGUCGCGAUAACUUGUAAAAAAAAAUCUGCGAUGCGCAUAACAUCAAACACAAUAAAAUAUUGAGAUUAAAAUUAUCCAUCUUUCAUACAAAAAAUUAAAUGGAAUAACAAUAAGAGGCUUCCUUCGUGUGGCAAAUACGCAGAGGAUAAAUCAUACCAACGAGUCAUAAGAAAUCCAAUUAGUAACUUGAAUUGCGUAAGAAGAAACAGAAGUUCGUUGUACGAAUGAAAAAGAAACUCAACAAUCUUAACAAAUACUUAAUAAAUAUUUCCAUUUUUUGUUACUAUUUUUUGUUAUGAAUAGUUCUAAAAAUCAAGAGAAUAUCUAAAAUAAUAUAUUAAAUGAGUAAUGAAUGUCACUCCAAAGUAAUUGUUAGGAGAGUGAAUGUAGUUUGGUGGUUGUUACUGAUUCAUUAGUGAAGUGGUAAAAUGCAACGGAAUACGGAGAGAAAUAUUCAGUAAAAAUUACGGAACAAUUCACGUAA